AUGUCUUCAGAAGCAAGAGACGCAUUGAUAAAAUGGCAUAAAGAACACCAGUCGGACUCGUUUGACUUCCAAAAAGAAAUGGAAACAUACUGCAGGUCUGACGUGGAUAUUUUGCGAAGAAGCUGUAUGCUUUUCAGAAGUGAGUUUCUGGAAAUAACUGGCGUAGACCCCUUGUGUUACAUCACAAUUGCUUCCGCAUGCAUGGCAGCUUAUAGGAGCAGACAUAUUCCCCCAAGUGCUAUUGCAAUGGUCCCCAUACACGGAUACGUAAAUCAGACCAACUACAGUGUGGACAGCAUUCGAUGGCUUGACUGGGUAGCUUCAAGAGAAAAAGUCAACAUACAACAUGCGUUGAAUGGAGCGGGGGAAAAAAGAUUUCCGGAAUAUCGGUUGACGGAUAUUGUGCAGAAAAAAAAUACGGUGUACCAAUACCAUGUAAGAAACAUAACUCAUUAAUUAUUUUUUUUCUCUAUAUUAGAAAUUCGUUAAAUUACAUAGAUUUUUUUACUUACUUGU